UAGAAUAGGCUGUAGGAGGACAGAGGUAGGACCACGCUUGCUGGAAAUACAUUAGAUAUCCAGAAAAUUAUCCUGGACAAUAAGGAAACAGAAGAAGCAAAGCAUCAUCAGAAAGCAAAAACUUUAAAUUUACUUUUUAAUCCCAAGUGGAGCAACAUUUGGAUCAUUGAGUGAUGACGUCCUAUGCAUCUCAAGGUCAGUCUCCAAAAAGAUGUGGGCCCCAGAUUCCUAGUUUGGGACAGGAACCUCCAGAAUUGAGUCUGUACAGUGACAGCUACUAUCCACCUCCAUCACUGCCAAGUCCACAGCGAACAAACCCUUCCUCGUACGAACUUGGAGACUAUGCCACCUCUUCUUCUAACCCCUACCUGUGGUUCAACAGCCCAGGGAUGAACAGCGCUCCUUAUCUGGGUGGGACACCUGGCCCUGCGGGACCCUCUUUCGUUCCCCAGCACUAUGGCAUGCAAAGGUCUUAUCUAGGACCUGGGGGACCAGGUGGUCCUGGUGGAGAUCUGGGAUGGUUCUCCUUGCCCUCUCAGGAGGAUCUUAUGAAGCUGGUCAGACCACCUUAUUCAUACUCAGCACUGAUUGCGAUGGCCAUACAUGGUGCACCUGAACGUCGCCUGACUCUGAGUCAGAUUUAUCAGUAUGUGGCAGACAACUUCCCCUUUUACAACAAGAGCAAGGCUGGAUGGCAGAACUCUAUUCGUCACAACCUCUCACUAAACGAUUGCUUCAAAAAGGUUCCACGAGAUGAGGAUGACCCUGGUAAAGGUAAUUACUGGACCUUAGAUCCAAACUGUGAAAAAAUGUUUGACAACGGCAACUUCAGACGAAAGAGGAAAAGAAAGUCUGACAGUCUCCUAGAAAAGGGCAGUUCUGGAGGGAAUCUGGGCUCUGAGUCAGGAGACAAUAAUGGCAGAGGCAGCCCGAAAAAUCAAGCCUGUGACAUAUCCACUUCCCCUAAAAAGUGCCCUUCACCCAUGUCCACCGGACAAUCCCCAUGCCUGAGUAACUUCUUAACUGAGAUGUCUGGUAUAACCACUGUUUCCCUUGAAGUUGAUGGAGAUCCCCUGAGUCGUCCUUUUACUCUCAGUCUGCCAGUGGAUGGAGUUCAGAGAUCCUCACAACCAACAGACUUUGGCACCUACUCCCCCAGCGCCACAGUGUCCGAGUGGGCCUCACCCCCUCCCAUUUCCCCAUCAUCCUCCCACUCCACUUUAGGUUACACUGGCCCUGCUAUCAGUCAGUUUAAUGGCCAUUUCUACCCUAGUUUGAGCUCUACUGGUAUUAUUUAUCCCCGGGAGGGCACAGAGGUGUAGGAGAGGAAGCUGGUGACUGCAAGAAUAGACAAGUUAGAUGAUCAAUUCACAAAAGAGACUCUGGGAGCAAGAAAAGCAAAUGUUGUUGUCAUGAAAUUAUACACACACUACACAUAGUGUUGUUGGCCUGCUUUAACUGAACUCCACUGAGAUGAGUCCUGUGGGCACAGAGAUACGAAUGAAUUCCCACAGGAAUGGCCUAGUCAGCAUGCGAUAUGACAGGCUGACACUAGCAAAGGCUCCUGGUACCAGCUGAUCUGAUCUGGGGCCAGCUGGUGACAUCUAGCCAUUCUACUCCGCUAUCUAAUACUUCCUUAACUCAUAUUACUGACACUGAAUCAACACCUGGAAUGAAACUGAACAGAUCAAUGACAUCUAAUGCGGGCCAUGGAGAAACUCGAGUGAAAACACAUGCAGUGCAGCAGAUUUUCUUUUGCUGCAUGCUGGUAUUGUGAUAUUAUACUAUCAGUCUUUGUAUUUUAACUUGAGAGCAUUUCUGUAUUUUGUGGAAAGUUGUAAAGUUGGGUUUGUGUGAAUGUUUGCGUGUGUUUUACUCUGAGGUUUUAAUGGGAUGUAUGUCUGCUGAUGUAUUUUUUCAAUAAAAUAUU